CACUUAUGCAAAUCACUAUUCCUUGCUAUUUUGCGAUAGUUAUAAGCCCGGCGCACUAGCUGCAUACCUCUAUUAGCAAUUAGUAAGCGUUCUAGUAAUUGCGGUUUGUUCUCACCACGGUCGUGACCACCAAAAGAACACGUUUCACCUGGUUUUCUCAUCCUUUAUUCCUCUCUUUAGAAUGGCAGCUCUACCAGUCUCUGAUAUACGCCUUACUAAUCGCAGGAGCUUCCCUGCGUGGUACGCAGAGCUUAAAAUCAAUUCCACCUUUCGAAACGUAUGGCACCUCGUUAAUCCCGAUACUCCAGAAGCUCCUCACCUGCUCUCUGCAGACCCCCCCCCACCUCUCACGAUCGAUCAAAUGAUUGAGCAAUCGAAUAUCGAGCGAAACACUUCAUUGGCGAUAUGGGAUGCGGAUGGGAGGCCAGAAGCAGAGAAGGGAGCACGACUAAGAGCUCCACGUCCAGCUCGUUUUGACGAUAUCAAGGAGGAAUACUCGUUCAGGCUCAAGGACUCUCGGUAUCAGAAUAUCUGGGAUUGGGUACGCCGUACGGUAGAACCUGCUCUGCUCGUACCACACCUUGAGUUACUCGUUUCCCAGCAGAGGCUCUCUCUUCAGAAUGUCGAUUAUAACAGAAUUCUGGACCGUGGCAGAAUAGGUAGAGAAUCUCCUAUAGCCUGGAUUAAUGAUUGGUACCAAGCUCUUGUACGAGCUCAAACCUACCGAGUUGCAGAAGUCGAAGGAUUCCUGGCAAUCAAGGACUUUCUUCAAGUGCAACUCGCUUUGGUAAUUGAGGCUAAUGCGCUUGGAGAGAUCUUUGAGGCCCUGAUUCAGCAAAACGAACGCUCUUCACUUGCGAUCUUUGCUUCUCUCGCUGGACGAUCUGAUUCGCAAGGCCACUCGUAUCCUUGUAAGGAAACAAGAGCGGAAAAGCACCCGUGGAAGCCCGUUAAUUGCUCUAUUCUAGAGCUUGCAACUACUGGUUCCUGUACCAGGAAACUUGAUCUACAGCCUACGGACGAGCAAUUGAAGGCCGUACGAGAACGCUUGGCAAAGGGAUACGAGAAGCUAAGUAGGCAGCUUGAGAAGAAGGGUUGGAUGAAGAAUGGAGGGAAGUUACCAGGGGACUUUGAGUGUUAAUGGUGCGUACGAUGUGGUUUCCUGGCUUUGGGCUUGCAGAGCCGUCCGGAGCUGGAGCUAGGCUUUUUUUUGGGAACUGAGUGCACUGCCGGAGACGUCUGGGGACGCUCUGCUUCCUACCCCUUUUGGUUCUAUUAGCUUAAUAUAAGGCGUUAGGGAAUAACGGUUUCUUAGCUCUCAAUUAGGAGAGAUAGACCAUAUAUAUACACUCCUUUUGGCUAGGGGUGCUUCGUGGGAGUACUUUACUAGCUAUUUCCUUUGUAUAUAGAAUUAGAAGCCUCUGGGGGGUGUGUCGUAUAUACGGGUACUAGGGAGCUUAGCUUCGCUUACUCAGCGGCCCCUUUUAUUUAGCUAGAUCCAGAGGCUCCCUUUAGAGCUUCUUUUAAUCAGACAACCACUUAUACAAA